GGGGGAGCUCCGGUACCGCUGUGCCGGCACAGACCCCGCGCUGCCCCGCACCAACAGGUUCAGCCGCCCGCCCGUCCCUCUCUGCCGCCUGCCACAGGCGAUGCCGCAGCUCCGACACCUCCGCCUGCAUAUUGAGAGCAGGAAAAACCCCCACGAACCCGUGGCUCUGAUUUUGAGAAAUAAUCUUGGAUUUUAUUUAAGUCUGGAUUCCGGCCUCAUUGUGGUAUUUAAGUUCGGUCACUUGGCUGCCACCCCAGGACUAAGAGUUGCGUUUCUGGCCGGUCCCUUGGCUUGAAUAUUUUUGUGGCUGUACCUUCCUCCUAUUUAUAUACAAAAGAGCUGGAAGUAAAAUCUAGGGUUUUUCCCACCCUCUGGACCAUACCCUGAGCUGUUCUGAGGCACAAUAACUGACCUUGCUUUGUUUGUUCUCUUGGGUUUAUCUUGCACGGAUCCAUAGAUCUGCGCCUUGCCUUUCACCUUCUGCCUUGUCACAGCCUGGCUGUGCCUCCGUCUUUUUCAAACGCCACUUUCCCUCUGUUUUUGACAACGUGUGCACUCCAUGCUCUGUUUUGAGCAGUUUCACUGUAACUGCACGGUGUCUGAAGGGAAAACCAACCCCAAGCUCGGGAAUGAUUUUCAAACCUCAGGUUGUGCGACCUCCGAGCCGUACAAUCCACACGCUGUUCCCCUUAAACUCCCUGUAAACAAGUGCUGGGCUUUCCAGGCCUGAUCACUCCCAGCUGCCUUCCAGCAUGGAGUCCUGAACCGAACAAAUAACAGACAGCCCUCACAAAAAUAGCUUUUAAAUAUAUGCAAGCCCAGGAAUCCGCUUGGGACUGGGUAAGGCUGGGGUGUACUCUUCCCCAGAUUCCUACAGUGCUCCCAUCCCACAGCUCCUGGGCUGAGGAUCAGUGUCAGGACAGAACCGUCCUGUUUCCUCCUUGGAGACAGCAUGGCUUUGUGGAGCCAAGGAAAAACAAGUGUUACUAAAUUUAAGCCUCAAGCUAAACCUCAGGUUCCUAUAGAACCAGUUUCAUGUCUCGGCUGUUGCAGCUGUCUCGCUGCCGCUGUGUUUUCAGCUGGUUCAAAUGUCCCAGAGGAUGGAAGAGCCUGGGCACUCACAGCUUUGGCUCAUGCUCAUCUACUUCCUGCUGUUUAAUGUGUGCCAGGUUAUCUUAUGAAUGAAAGAGCUGAACAGAUUGUUCAUGAAUUCUAGAGGGCACCUAGGUUGAAGCAGUGGAGAGAAUGGAGCCGUGGAGAUGUCCCGAAAGAGCCCUUUUGCCUCCUGGCUCUGUGCUAUGCUGCACUGCUUUGGGAGCUACAUCCUCGCUGAUCUGCUGCUGGGAGAGGCACCCAUUGGCUACUUCAGCCACAACUCCAGUGUCAUCCUGGCCACAGCAGUGUGGUACCUGAUAUUCUUCUGCCCCAUGAACCUCUUCUACAAGUGUGUCAGCUUCCUGCCCGUGAAGCUCAUCUUCGUGGCCAUGAAGGAGGUGGUCCGGGUGCGCAAGAUCGCGGCCGGGGUGCACCACGCCCACCACCAGUACCACCACGGGUGGUUCGUGAUGAUGGCCACGGGAUGGGUCAAAGGUUCUGGUGUGGCCUUGAUGUCGAACUUUGAGCAGCUGCUGCGUGGGGUCUGGAAGCCUGAAACAAAUGAAAUUCUUCAUAUGUCCUUCCCUACAAAGGCCAGUCUGUAUGGCACAGUCCUCUUCACUCUGCAGCAGACUCACUGGCUCCCUAUCUCUGAAGCCAACCUCAUCUUCUUUUUCACCAUGUUCAUGAUAGUCUGCAAGGUUUUCAUGACGGCCACUCACUCCCACGCCUCACCUUUUGCUCCGCUGGAAAACCUCAUCUGCCCCGUCCUCUUUGGCUCUGUUUCCAGUGGGCACCCAAGCCACCACCACGACCACCACGGGGCCUCCCACGAGGUUUCCCACCCUCCUCCUCCUCCUGCCAAGUCCAAAGAGGAGCUGAACGAAGGCACGAGGAAACGGAAGGCAAAAAAAGCUGAAUAAAAAAGCAACGGCACAGAAAAUAGGCCAAGAAAAUUCUUCCAGAGCUGAGUCUCAAAGCCACCUGUGACCUCCUUUAUGCUCCAGUCCUUCUCUCUCAGACUCCAGAGGAGAGGUGGAAGCCAGGACACUGCCAGCUGGGUCCCUGAAUUUCAUUUUUGCUCUCUGUGCUGCUGCUUGCUUCUUGGUCUGUGCCUCUCUAUUCUGAUCAGAUUUUCAGGGAUUUGUAGGUUUGUGCCAGGGUGGUAAGUGGGUGCCAGUUCCCAAGCUGUCAGCAAAUCUGAUGCAGCAUUUUCAAUUGAUGUAAAAUCUUUCACUGUGUUUAUGAAUGGGGGGAAUGGUUUGUGUUCCUGCAACUCUUAAGUUCCUUUGAGAUUUCACUGACCUUUUCAGUGUCUGCCAAAACAACAAACUGUUAAGACACAAUGUGGAAAUCAGGUUUCAUUAAGUGGCCUGGUAUGAGCUGGUCUGGUUUUUCCCAGCUCCCACACCUGCCAUAUCUCCAAGUAAUGUGACAUUUUAAAUGCAAUAAGGACAUGGCCUUUGGCCGAGCCAAACCCUGUUCACCUCAGUUCCCUCUGAUUCUGAUGGUCAGGACAUUGUAAUUUGCUCAGCCAAGUCUGUGUUUGCAAGAGCUCUGAAGCUGUGAAGUGCUCCCAGUGCCAUGUGUUGGCACUGUCUCUAUCCUAGGCUGUGUGUGGCAUUGCUGCACGUUGUUACUGAGUGUGUCCCACCCCAAACCUGAUCCUAUUGAACCAGGGGAGAAGCAUGGCUCUGGUUUGUUUGUAAUCCUGUGGGAUACAAGAGUGUGUAUGUGAGUGUAAGUAUUUAUUACUAUUUAUUUAUAAUUGCCAGGGCACCUAAGUCAUGGACCUGAAUCUGGCUUUUUUUUAACAUUGCAAUUGGAAGUUCUGAUUGUGGCCCUGAGCCCCCAGCCCCGUGCUGGUUUGGGUUCACAGUGAUCUUGGUGUGCUCCAGGACAGCCCAAACACUCCCUGGGUGCAGGAAAAAACCUUUCCUAUAUUCUUAAAUUCAGAUAGAAAAGCUGAAGCAGGGCAUUUCACCAGCUGAUGAAAAACUACUUUAAAGGACUGAUAAAAGCACAUCAGCUGAAAAUAUUGAUUACCUUCUGUAGGUCCCCUCGGGCCAAACUGCUGGGCUGGGAAUGCAGCUUGUGCCCAACAAGUGAAGAAUCUGAACUGCCUUGCAUGGCUCAGGAGGGUUCUGUCAGCUCAUUCAUGUUCUGCUUAGUGAACACUGGCUUUUAGAGUAGUUCAAAGCUGUUCUUAUAAUUGAUUUUGUUCUUAUAAAUGGCAUCUUCCAAGGGCUGGGAUCACACUGAGAGUGGCAAGCCUGGGGAUGUAGCACUGGGCAUUUUCCAUCCCUAGCACUUAGGUUUGCUGCUGUUUCCAUUCCAGCUGGGAAUGGAAACAGGAUGUAAGAGAAGUGAGGGUUUGUGUGUGUAUCCCUGUUCAAAAUUGCAACUGACGGUUAAUGAAAGAUAAGAAACCAUCCUUGUGUGCAGGCAGAGGAAAGCCAGUAGGAAAGGUCAAAUGAUCUGUGGGCUUGGGGUUUGACAGUGCCUUAAUUUUGUGAGUUUCCCUCCCCUUCAGUAGAAAGCAGGAAUUCUGCCUGACAGCUCCACUGUCUGGUCCUGCAGAUGCUGCUCUGCUGGAACCUGAUGUGCAUGCAUGAGACUGAAUAAAUGUUUUAUGAGAUGUCUGAUCCAAGGGGAAUUUUGUUUUAUAAAAGCCGUCAACAAAUAAAAAUUGUGAAGUGACUCUGAUUGUCCAGUG